CAAUGCAGGAGCCUGGAGGAGCAAACAUCUCCAAAUGAUGACUGUUGUAGAAAUGUCAGUCUGGCGGCACUUCUUGCGCUUGAACUUCGGGCAGAUUUGAUGAUUCUUCUCAGCGAUAGGCAUUUAGAGACUGUGACGUUUGGUGAGAAGUCACGCGUUGGGAGAGGUGGAAUGACGGCGAAAUUGGAUGCUGCAUGGACAUCUGCUGAAGCCGGGAUCCCUGUCGUGAUUGCAAGUGGCAGUAGACCAAACGUUCUGGUUGAGGUUGUCAGGGGACAGAAUGUUGGCACACUCUUCCAUCGGGAUGCCCCAACCUGGGUGAACUCGCUAAGGAAAUCUGGAGCAAGAGAGAUGGCUGUUGCUGCUCGCACUGCUAGCAGGAAACUUCAGGGCAUGACGUCAAAGGAACGGACCCAAAUACUGUACAAAAUUGCAGAGGCUUUGGAAGCAAAUGAGGAGGCUAUUCUGGAAGAGAAUGAAGCAGACCUGAGAGCAGCUGAGACUGCAGGCAUAGCACCUGCUUUGUUACAAAGGCUGAAGUUGAAGGCAGGGCGGAUUGCACAAUUGGCAGAUGGCAUGCGUGCAAUUGCAGCAAUGACGGAGCCAAUCGGAAAGAUCAUUUCACGCACUGAGCUUGCAGAAGGUCUCAUACUCGACAAGACGACGUCCCCUUUGGGAGUUCUGCUUAUCAUUUUCGAGUCCCGACCUGAUGUACUGCCACAGAUUGCAGCCUUGGCGAUUCGAAGUGGUAAUGGUCUCUUGUUGAAGGGAGGAAAGGAGGCUGUCAAGUCCAAUUCCAUCUUGCACAAGGUCAUCACAGAGGCAUUGCCAGCUUCAGUUGGCCCUGAACUGAUUGGCCUCGUGCGAACUCGGGAUGCAAUCUCAGAUCUUCUCCAGCUUGAUGAUGUCAUCGACUUGGUCAUCCCACGUGGAAGCAAUCAGCUUGUGAAUCACAUUAAGCAAAACACCAAGAUCCCAGUGCUUGGGCAUGCUGAUGGUGUAUGUCAUGUCUUUGUGGAUAAGGAUGCAGAUCUUCGAAAAGCGAAGAAGCUUGUGGUUGAUGCCAAGAUUGACUACCCCGCUGCAUGCAAUGCAAUGGAGACGAUGCUUGUUCACAAGGAUCUCGUCGAAUCUGGAGGCUUCCAAGAACUCUGCGACGCCCUUGUUGCAGCAGGCGUCGUGCUGAACGGCAGCAAGAAGACAGCACCCCUGCUAAACUUGCCAGUGGCUCCAAAUUUCCACAAGGAGUAUGGUUGCAAUGAGUGCACAGUGGAAAUUGUUGACGAUGUGGGCGCAGCGAUUGCGCAUAUCCAUGAAUUUGGGAGUGCACACACAGAUACAAUUGUGACAGAGAAUAAGGAGGCUGCAGAGUAUUUCUUGAAGAAUCUCGACAGUGCGGUAGUUCUUCAUAAUGCCAGCACGAGGUUCUCUGAUGGAUACAGAUUUGGGUUAGGUGCAGAGGUGGGCGUAAGCACCAGCAGAAUCCAUGCAAGAGGACCCGUCGGAGUGGAGGGCCUGCUGACAACUAGAUGGCUUGGCAGGGGUACAGGUCAGAUUGUUGCCAAGGACAAGGCAAUCAAGUACACUCAUCGCCAACUCCCAAUUCCAUCAUCGGAAGCUGCUCCCAGUGAGAAUGGGGUAUAAUGAAGGAAGGGGGAAAAUAACAGAGAAUGGGGUGUAGAUACACCCCAUGCUGAAACCGAAGGGACGGCAGUUGGCAGUGGCCUCCCUGGUCACAAUCAUUUAUUCACGUGUGUCAUCCCACUGUUGCGCCUUCGCUAAGCGUCUCUAGCUAUGGUGUCUCGUCACGUCUCCAGCUAUUGUGCUGCCCAAAUAGCUAUCUCUUCGGCAGUUGCUUGGAAUGUAUGCACAUAUAUUUCCUUGACGGCUUGAUUCGGUACUCUUCCCCCCCCUCCUCGCCCUUCGUCUAGCCACUGUGUCUCCUCGCAAAGAGCAUGUUUGAUGACCUCAGUCUGGUUCUGCUCGUCUUCUGCACCUGGCCUCCUUCUGCGCUCAAGGGGCAACCAUCUGGAAGUAUGGGACCACGCUUUCCCACUAAGGCCAGUAUACGAUAUGAUACCUUGCUGGCAUGCGGGUAACUCGCCCACUCAUCGGGAUGUCAGGGUCUCUCGCCCUCUUACGAUACCAAUUGUUAGCUAUUAGCUUGUUGUGGAAUUUCUAGCGUUCUUCAGCUCACAUAGGGGAAAAUGGAAAUGGAUAAGAAGUUAAACCACCUGUACCGACCGUGUUUUCGUACCCUCCCGGAUUGAAUGAAUAUGGACGCGACGGGCAGACCGGUUCUGCUACCGCGUUAACGGCUGUAACAACCAGUAGGUACUGGUGGUUUAAGAGUAGAUUGAUGACAUGAAAAGAGGAUCUUGUCGAGGCUGCCAACACGUCGACCCCUUUCUGCUCUCGACAAGUGGUUGCACACUCGCAUUCGGAGUGUUUUCGCCGCAUGACUGCGGCCCUGAUUGUUGAUGUUAACUGCUUCCAUGUAGGGAUGGGUAGGAUAAUUUGCUGGAGGGAUUCUUUGGUGGUGAUCUUUUGGUGGAGUUUUUUUUUUUGAAACUCAGAGGAGAUGAGUUCGCCAAGGCUUGUGUUGGGACUCGGUUGUUGCCCUUGUGCAUCGCUGCAACAUGAAGUUAUUUUUUCUUCUUCUUUGUACGCAUGAAGUUUUCCUGCCGAUACUUGAAACAGCUGGCUGGAGGUCCCCGUGGCAGUUCCCCUGGUCCUUUUCGGGACUCCACAUCGUUUCCCGGUUUGAAGGGACCGAUUGACCCCCUCAUUUUGGAGUUUUGAGGGGCCGAUUCACCCAUCAUUUUGCGGUUGCUAGGGGGAUUAAUUAACCCAUUGUUGUGUGGUUGGGAGGUGUCAGUUAUCCCAUCAUUUUGCAGUUAUUCUUGAUGCAAGGAUUAGCGCAGUCUGGAGGCGAUCUCGCCAAUGAGAGGCGGAGGGGUCCGGAACCCUUUUGCAAGCGAUUCACAAACGAGGACGCUUGUCGGCCAAAGGGAGGAAGAUGCAGCCUGCUGCGAAAGUGGCAUUGCUUUUUUUUGUCCCAUUUCAGUUUCCUUUCCCUUUCCUUUCAGUUCCCGCUCCUUUUUUGUCUGCUGUUUGUUUAUUUCCCAACUUUUGUCGUAUUUAGCACUGUUGGUAAGAGAAGAGAGAGAUCGUGUGCGUCUCCAGUGGAUUGCAACACAGCUUUAUUAACCGGAGAUUGAGGUUUCGUGAAGACUUGUAGCUGUGUGCACGAGAAGUCGCAAAGGGAUGUGGACCAGCAGCUGGACCAGGAACAGAGUGUAUACAAGAAUAUUGCACUUGGUAGGUGGUCUACACCAGAUGCAGUAGUAGAUGCACCAAUGUGGAGUUGUAGCUGGAUCAGGACUACUGGUAGUUGCUGAUGGACCAACCAGGAGGUGUGGGUGGACCAACUAGGAGUUGUGACUGGACCUGGACUUACCGGCUGGACCAGCUGGACCAGCUAGGCCUUGUGGCUGGACCAGCUAGUGGAGCAGGGACUGGAGAAUCCACAACUUGUGCCCAAGUGGCUGGGAGUUGUGGAUGGACCAGGAAUAGAGGCUGGACCAAUUUCUGGGGUUGGACCAAACGAUAUGACAGCAGUAGGGAAUUGUGUGAUGGAAUCGAGUGGUCCUGGUCUUGUGGGCGGGCCAGAUGCGGUGGGGAUGGCUUUUCUCCACCUCUGGGUGAGCUGCAGAAGACACGUUCUUCUUUGUAGAUAGGUGAGAGAUUCUUUAAGGACAUUGAUUCUAACAACAAUUCGGCGAUUGCGAUUUGGA